CCCCUGUCCAGCGUGGCUCAGCUGCCUGCACAGCCCCGCUCUCCGCACCAUUUCCUGUCGACACCGAGAGGCUGGCUGAGAGCGACGAUCUCUAGAGGUUCCCAGGUGUGGCAGAGGGAGAGUUAGUCCAUCCUAGGCAGCUGUGGGCCAAGGGCAACCUUGCACAUCCCUGUAAUCACAAGUCAGGAUUUUAGCUGCUCUGACUGGUGUGUGGACCAAACAUCAUUCAUCUGCCUCCAGGCUGCCUAGUGGCUCUGCUUCCCCUGCCGUUCCUCUACUUGAAGUGGCUUCCUGGGCUUAGAGAGCACAUUCACUUAGACUUUCAGAAGCUGAAGCCAGGAAAUGGACUCAGUGGCUGUUGAGGAUGUGGCUGUGGACUUUACUCAGGAAGAGUGGGCAUUGCUGGAUUUUUCUCAGAGGCAACUCUACAGAGAUGUGAUGAUGGAAAUCUUCAGAAGCCUGGCUUCAGUAGCUUCUCGAAACCUUAUUGAUGGAGACAAGCUAUCCACUGAAAAUAUAAUAGUACGAUUCAUGAAAAAUGACACCUGGUCCUCAGUAGUAGGAGAAACCUGCGAAUUGCAUGGCACUGAAGACCAGGAUCACAACAAGAAAACACAUGUGAGCAUGCUGUCUAUUUUUAAAAGAAGGCAUUUGUUAGAGAACCUCUGUGAAAAUAAUGAAGACAAUCAUUGUGGACAGACCUUCAGCCAGAUUCCAAAUCCUUCUGUGCUCAGAAGAACUCCUGUGGAAGCAUAUCCUUUUGAAUGCCUUGAGUGUGGAAAAUCCUUGAUGAAUCAUUCAUCAGUUAAGCAUCAUAUCAGAUCUCACUCUGCAUGCAAUGACUAUCAGUGUAAGGAAUGUGGAGAAGCCUGCAGUUGUCCCUCUUACUUCAGCACUGUUGUGAGAACUCUUACUGGAGAGAAAUCCUAUGAAUGUAAGGAAUGCGGCAAAGGCUUUCGUCGUUCCUCAAACCUCACUGUACAUAUGAGAAUUCACAGUGGAGAGAGGCCUUAUAUAUGUAAGGAAUGUGGGAAAGCCUUUAGUCUUUCCUCAAACCUCACUAGACAUAUAAGAAUUCAUAGUGGAGAGAGACCUUAUGAAUGUAAGGAAUGCGGCAAAGCCUUUAGUCAGUCCUCGAACCUCACUGCACAUAUGAGAACUCACUGUAGAGAGAGACCUUAUGAAUGUAUGGAAUGUGGCAAAGCCUUUUGUCACUCCUCAGACCUCACUAUACAUAUGAGAACUCACAGUGGUGAGAGGCCUUAUGAAUGUAAGGAAUGUGGAAAAGCCUUUAGUUGGUCCUCAAACCUCACUGCGCAUAUGAGAACUCACUGUGGAGAGAUACCUUAUGUAUGUAUGGAAUGCGGCAAAGCCUGUCGUCACUCCUCAGACCUCACUAUACAUAUGAGAACUCACAGUGGUGAGAGACCUUAUGAAUGUAUGGAAUGUGGCAAAUCCUUUCGUCAGUCCUCACACCUCACUUCACAUAUAAGAACUCACAGUGGUGAGAGGCCUUAUGAAUGCAAAGAAUGUGGUAAAGCCUUUAGUUACUCCUCACACCUCACUAAACAUCUAAGAACUCACAGUGGAGAGAGGCCUUAUGAAUGUAAGGAAUGUGGCAAAGCCUUUAGUGUUUCCUCAAACCUCACUAUACAUAUGAGAACUCACUGUGGAGACAGACCUUAUAGAUGUAUGGAAUGUGGUAAAGCCUUUCGUCACUCCUCAGCCCUCACUAUACAUAUGAGAAUUCACCGUGGAGAGAGACCUUAUGAAUGUAUGGAAUGUGGCAAAGCCUUUUGUCACUCUUCACACCUCACUUCACAUAUAAGAACUCAUAGCGGUGAGAGGCCUUAUGAAUGUAAGGAAUGUGGCAAAGCCUUUAGUCGCUCCUCAAACCUCACUGCACAUGUAAGAACUCACAGUGGAGAGAGGCCUUAUGAAUGUAAGGAAUGUGGGAAAGCCUUUAGUCGGUCCUCAGACCUCAGUGCCCAUAUCAGAACCCACUGUAGAGAGAGACCUUAUGAAUGUAUGGAAUGUGGCAAAGCCUUUUUUCAAUCCUCAGGCCUCACUAAACAUAUGAAAACUCACUGUAGUGGGAGUCCUUAUGAAUGUAAGAAAUGCAGCAAAGCCUUUCAUCAGUCCUAACACCUCACUGCACAUAUAAGAAUUCACAGUGGAGAGAUGCUUUCAGUAAGGAAUGUGGGAAAGCAUUUAGUUACUCCUCAUUCCUCACUGAAUACAUAAGAAAUCACUAUGGAUAGAAAUACUUUGAAUAUAUGGAAUGUGGGAAAUUCUGUUGGGAUUCCUCAAACCCCACUAAUCAUAAAAAUUCGUGGUUUAGAAAGGCUUUAUAAAUGUAAGGAGUUUGUCCAUGUAUAUGAAUUAUUAUGAUGAAACAGCCAAUGGUUAAUUGCAGAGAUUCACUUCACCAUUUAAGCUCGUACAAGUAAGGUCAGUUUCCCACCAGAACAACCCAGAUCUUCAUUGUCCUUUAGAAAAAACGAAAAGUUUUCCAAUUGUCCUUAAAUUAUUAUGGUUGUUGGGUUUUUUGAAGUUAGGAUCCAAACCAUAUUUCCACGCUGUCUUUUUAUUUCUAGAUCUGUUUAAUGUGCCUUACACAGAACAUUCUCCUGCUUGUCUUGUAAAAUAUUAAAGUAUUCAGCAUUCUGAUAGUCAAACCUGUGGCAGCCGGAACCUGUGUAAGUCAGAAACUUGUCAGAGAAUACAAACUCACUGGGUGUUUAUCAUGUAGCAUUUUUAAAAGAGAGCAAAAGAAAAGUGGUAAUCACCCAGUCAAAGGUGGAAAAUAAUCAAGACCUGGUAAAAGAAGGAACUCCCAUCAUGUUCCAGCUCUCACAGGCUUUAUUGUAUUUGUUUUACUAUGAUCUUGUUUAAUUAGUUCUCUGUAUUUUUGUAAGGUAGCCGUUGGGUCUUACACAGUUCUAAUAGAAAUAUAAUAUACAUUAAAGAGGUAAUUUAAAACAUUUUAGUCAUUUUAGUCAUUGGAAAAUGUAAAUUUGAAAUUUUUAAUGAAAAAUCUUAUUCAACCUAAUAUGUCCAUUUAUUGUGAAAGUAAAAAUUGUAAACGAAAUUAGCUAAAGUAAUCAAUAUAAGUUUGUUUAUGAGACAUUUUUCAUUUCCUUUUUUGUAUUCCAUCUUCCAGAA